UGCAUUCUACUCCACCAAACCGAAACAUCAAACUCCCAUAAAAUUACCAUUUCGCCACUGACAUUCACAAUCACCAUGGACCUCCUUUUCUUAGAGAAGGUCCUCUUGGCACUCUUCCUCGCCGCCGUCGUCUCCAUCGUCGUCUCCAAACUCCGAGGGAGAAAAUUCAAGCUCCCGCCGGGACCACUCCCGGUACCGAUCUUCGGCAACUGGCUGCAAGUCGGCGACGACCUGAACCACCGGAACCUGACGGAACUGGCGAAGAAAUUCGGCGACAUCUUCCUCCUCCGCAUGGGGCAGCGAAACCUGGUGGUGGUUUCGUCGCCGGAGCUGGCAAAAGAGGUUCUACACACACAAGGCGUUGAAUUCGGGUCACGAACCCGAAACGUUGUGUUCGACAUCUUCACCGGUAAAGGCCAAGACAUGGUCUUCACCGUCUACGGUGAACAUUGGCGCAAGAUGCGCCGAAUCAUGACCGUACCAUUCUUCACCAACAAGGUGGUGCAGCAGUACCGUUAUGGGUGGGAGGAUGAGGCGGCGAAAGUGGUGGAGGAUGUUAAAAACAACCCGGAAGCGGCGACGAGCGGGACGGUUCUGCGGCGGAGGCUGCAGCUGAUGAUGUACAACAACAUGUUCAGGAUAAUGUUCGACAGAAGGUUCGAGAGCGAGAAGGAUCCAAUGUUCCAGAAGCUUCGGCUGCUGAACGGAGAAAGGAGUAGGUUGGCUCAGAGCUUUGAGUAUAACUACGGUGACUUCAUUCCCAUUUUGAGGCCAUUGUUGAGAGGAUACUUGAAAAUAUGCAAGGAGGUCAAGGACACUAGGUUGAAGCUCUUCAAGGACCAUUUCGUUGAGGAGAGAAAGAAAUUAGAGAGCACAAAGAGAACCCACAACGAAGGCCUAAAAUGCGCAAUGGAUCACAUUUUGGAUGCACAGAGAAAAGGCGAAAUCAAUGAGGACAACGUUCUUUACAUUGUCGAGAAUAUUAACGUUGCUGCAAUAGAGACAACACUAUGGUCAAUUGAGUGGGGAAUAGCUGAGUUAGUGAACCACCCAGAAAUCCAAAAGAAAGUAAGAGAUGAAAUUGAUAGAGUUUUAGGAGCAGGACACCAAAUAACUGAGCCAGACACACACAAGCUCCCAUACCUUCAAGCAGUCAUCAAGGAAACAUUAAGGCUAAGAAUGGCAAUUCCACUCCUUGUUCCACACAUGAACCUCCAUCAUGCAAACCUUGGUGGCUAUGAUAUCCCUGCUGAGAGCAAGAUCUUGGUCAAUGCAUGGUGGCUUGCUAACAACCCUGCUAAGUGGAACAACCCUCAAGAGUUUAGGCCUGAGAGGUUCUUGGAAGAAGAGUCCAAGGUUGAAGCUAAUGGAAAUGAUUUCAGGUACCUACCGUUUGGUGUGGGGAGGAGGAGUUGCCCAGGGAUCAUUCUUGCAUUGCCUAUACUUGGCAUCACAUUGGGACGUUUGGUGCAAAACUUUGAGCUCUUACCUCCCCCUGGACAGUCCAAGCUUGACACCACUGAGAAAGGAGGGCAGUUUAGUCUUCACAUUCUCAAGCAUUCCACCAUUGUUGCCAAGCCCAGAUCAUUUUGAUUCCUGUUUGUUUCUUUGUAUUCUUUUAAUGAUCCAACUUAUUGGUGUAUUACACUGAUCGAUUUUGUUUGAAAAAUGGGGAUAUGUUAUUAUAUAUAAGGGUGUAUUGUUAUUCUUUGCACCUCUUAUUGUAAAUCAUGAGCUUCAAAUGAUGAUUUUACACUGAA